AAUUAAAGCAUCAGCGCGAUCCCACUAUUUUGUAUUUCUAGUCAGGCGCUAUCGCAGCAUUCAUAAAAGUACAACGGGGUCCUUCAACGUUCAUUUCCGUAAACAGAGCUAUGAGCAGCUAGCUACGUACACACAGGAAGUAACACGCUUUUUGGUGUUCACCGACACUAUUUUUGAUGUAUUUUGUACUUUUUACUGUUUUCGCGUGUUUAUCGACAUGUCAUUGUUUUAUCCAAAAAGAUGUGAAGAAGGACGAGAGCCACUGCGGCCUCCUAAAGCAGUGGCUUGAAUCCUCCCUAGUUUCAGUGGAGCUCACCAAGACGGGUUUUCACAGGGAAGUGGUCACCACCGUUGAGCUCGGCCCAGGUGUGCUCAGUGGGGUCAGAGUCGUGCUGGUUCAAAGGUGGCCCAGAGGCGUCUACGUGGAUCCGUACCAACUUGCAUCCUUGAGUGAACAAAGCAAUUGGCAGAUAUUAAUAGAUUCAGCCAUUGACCUAGAGGUGCCUGCUCACAAGACCGAGGGAUUUGUCACAUAUGUGUAUCCCGCCCUUGACGGACCAACUCCUAGACUGAAAGUAACAAUUCCCGUUCACGGUCGCUACCACGAGCCUUCUUAUGACGGCGAAACGUUCGCAUCGGUCGAAUUAGAACAUCCAGAGCUGCUGCUGCGGACUGAAAAAUGUUCGCAGCUCAACAGCGUGGCGCCUCAUACGGUCGUGGACGCCCCCUGUACUCACGACAAUUCGAGCACGUGUCCGUGGGUUAAACUCCAGCAUCAGGAGCGAGGCCCCGCGGGGGUUCAGUUUCCAGUGGGCGACGGGUCUUUGGUGACGCCUGUGUGCGGUGGAACCCUCCUGGUCACGAUGCUCUGCUGCGCGGCUCUGUCCAAACACAUGUGGGAACACCGCAUCAUUUAAACAGCGACAACGUACCGCUCAUCUAACAGUUCACGGUCCCGUAGUUCUCCAGUUCGGUCUGAUUCCAGGAGCGUCCACUGUGGUCCAAGUAUUUUUUUAGAUAAAACAUCAAAAGGCCAUAAAGAAAAUAACACUACACAGACUUUUACAUGCACAGACCGAAAAGUUCAGAUGUAUAUGAAUCCUUUUGAAAUGAGAACUAUAAAGAACAACUUAAUAAGGAGUGACACAAACAUUACAUCAGUCUAGGUUUCUAAAUUAAUGAGGUUCAUGGAACAGGCCUCAGUUACUGUAAAUAAACAUCUGUGAUUGAG